CAGCAGAUAUCAAAUAAAUACUAUGGGUUCACUUUUGGAUACUCCAAAAACAGAUAAAUACAAUGAACAUGGUGCUGGCAAUGGACUGCGUUAUGGAGUUGCCAGCAUGCAAGGUUGGAGGAUGGAGAUGGAAGAUGCUCAUAGAGCAAUAACUGGUUUAAAAGGUGGCCUCUCGGAUUGGAGUUAUUUUGCGGUGUUCGAUGGGCAUGCUGGUGCAUCGGUAUCAGCUCAUAGUGCGGAACAUUUGUUAGAAUGUAUAAUGCAAACAGAAGAAUUCAAAGCAGAAGAUGUUGCCAAGGGAAUUCAUUCAGGGUUUCUUCGACUUGACGAUGAAAUGAGAGAGUUACCAGAAAUGAGUUCUGGUACAGAAAAAUCUGGUUCUACGGCUGUUUGUGCAUUUAUAUCUCCCAGAAAUAUAUAUAUUGCCAAUUGUGGCGACUCUCGAGCUGUACUAUGUCGAGCAGGAGAUCCAGUUUUCUCAACACGAGAUCACAAACCUGUCUUACCAGCUGAAAGAGAAAGAAUUCAAAAUGCUGGUGGUAGUGUAAUGAUACAAAGAGUUAAUGGAGCUUUAGCUGUUUCUCGUGCAUUGGGAGAUUAUGAGUACAAAAAUUUGAAAGAUCGAGGCCCGUGUGAACAGUUAGUGUCUCCAGAACCAGAAAUAUUUGUUCGAGAUAGAGAUGAUGAACACGAUGAAUUUCUAGUUUUAGCAUGUGAUGGUAUUUGGGAUGUAAUGAACAACGAAGAUCUAUGUAAUUUUAUACAUUCAAGGUUGCUGCUUACAGAUGACUUAGAAGCAGUUACAAACCAGGUUAUAGACACCUGUCUUUAUAAGGGUAGCAGAGAUAACAUGAGUAUAGUUUUGGUAACGUUCCCUGCUGCUCCAAAGCCAAGCCCAGAAGCUCAGAAAAAAGAAGCUGAGUUGGAAAUGGCCAUUGAAAGGAGAAUCAAAGAAAUAGUUGCCGAACAAAAGAAUGAAAACGAAUUUGAUUUUUUGAAAUUGCUGCAACUUCUUAUGGACCAAGAGUUUCCUAAUUUACCUCCUGGUGGCGGUCUUUCAGCUAAACAACCUUUCAUUGAACAAGUGUUUCGGGAAGUAUGCCCCAACCAAGCGGAUAGUAUCAAAUUUCAACAAUAUUCAAGUCCUUUCCUGCAGUCCAAGAUGAAUUCUGCAAUCCCUGAUUUAAAUAAUAACUAAUUCUCAAACCAGUUAGUGUACACAAUAUGUAUACAAUUUGAUACAUGUGGUAUACAAUAAACUGGCCAAUCCAAAAGUCAUGAAAGUGAGAUACCAAACAACAAGAACUACAGAGGAGUACAACAUGAAGAAAGACUGUGUGGAAUGGUAAUUGAAAUAAUCUUACAGGCAUAUUACAUUUCUGAUUAAACAAUUCUGAAAGUCUUAUCGCAUUGUAAUGUUAAAUUUAGUUACAAAAUUUAUUG